UAAAAAUUAAAAAAGCGAAGUUAAAAACUAUUGGCUCAUAUUCUGAACGCGCUUGGAACGAUGUUAGCGCGCCGACAAAUCAACGUAUUAAUAGAUCUGAGAAAGAAUUUCGCUAUAAACACGCGUGAUUAUCAAUUUUUCCUAACAGAGCACUGUUAUUACCGCGUUUAGAAUACAAACGAUACUGAGAAUGCCCACGUCUUUUGUUUUAUUAGCGCGUUGACACCGUUGCAAGCGCGUUCAAAAUGCGGACCAUUAAUUUUUUAAUUUUUCAACUUAACUUUCAACCGAAUAAUUAUUACUUCCAAACCUUGGAUUUGAGCAUAUAGUAAAGUAGAAAACUUGCCUCAAUGACAGCUCAUGAGCUCAAAAAAAGAGAAGAAAAAUAUACCUUCGAAAAUGAAUUUGGCGAACGUUGUCUGAUGCACUCGAGAUCGUUGCUGUGAAUAUGCUCGAAUACGUCACUUCUCAUUGCGAUUUACAGACAUGCCGUGGUAAAUCGUCUAAAUAUUUUGGCUACUGCAGGCUUCAUCAAAACUGCUCCAUGCAGCCGGCUGUACCACGUGCGUCAGUUCUCUGCUCUGCUCUACUUACAGAAGCGUCGUCGUUCGCUCGUCCGGUCAGUCCUCGUGUUUUUCAGAGCGUCCUCGAAUGUCAAAUCGCGGUAGCAUCGACGGCAAAGGCAGCUGCGAGUCUUUUCGCCGAUCUAGCUUCUCAAUCAAAAUGCAACGCAGCCUGAAGAAAAUGAGGGAGAACCUUCAGAAAAUUACAGACAGCAUCCAGGGGGACGACAAACAUUCGCUGUACAACUUCCCGGAGGAGCUGUCCGCCCUGACUUGGCGCACCGGCUUUUCCAAGGACGAAAUCCGCAGGCUAUACCGCGCUUUCAAGCAGUUUUGUCCUCGGGGAUGCGCGACGACCGGCGAUCUGCAGCCCGCGUACGCCAAACUGUUCCCGGUGGGUGAUCCGAGUAGAUAUACGCGAAUCGUGUUCCACAGCUUCGACAAGGAUGGUGACGGCCUCGUCAGUUUUGGCGAUCUUCUGGACGCUACGGCGUCGAUCGUAAACGGCAGCGUCGACCAGAAACUCUCCUGGAUAUUCGGAUUGUACGAUCUGAACGGAGACGGUUGCAUCACGAGAAGAGAGAUGCUGGCCAUAAUAUCCGCGACUUACGAGAUGGUGCAAAGCGCGCAGACGAUCACCAGCCAACCUGCAGUCAACAUACAAGUGGACAGGUUCUUCGAGAAAAUGGAUGCGGACAGAGAUGGCGUAGUCACCAAGGAAGAGUUCGUAAGCGGUUGUAAAAAUGAUACCAUUAUAUACAACCAGUUGAGUUUAUUUAAUAAGAUUUGGUGACAGAAUGAGAACGGUCUUAGGAGAUUAACGAGAACAAUUU